UUAACCAACCCAUCCGCGCCAAAUUACAGAAAAGCCCCUCCAUUUCUCACCUUCUCGCCCACCCUCCCGUCCAUGUCCAUGGUGGUCGAGCACCACCGGCGCGGCCACCGCGAGCUCCUCCUCCCCCUCUAAUGGCGCAGUACAGGCAGUCGGGCGGCUUCUUCGACUACCGCGGCGGCCACCACCACGCGCUCCCGGAGUACCACCGGCCCCUCCCGCACGCCUCCAAGCCGUCCCGGAUCCGCCGCCCCGGGAAGCCCGCGCGCCGCCGCUCGCCGGCCGCGGCCGCCGCCGUCGCGUCCGCGCUCCUCCUCGCCGGCGUGUUCCUCCUCUCGCGCCGCCUCUCCCGCCAACCCGCAGAGAUCAGCCAAGAUUUGGGCGGCGGCGGGGAGGGGUUACCGGAGUGGAACCGGAGCAAGGAGCUCAAGUUCGGCCAUGGCGGUGGAGGCCGGAGCGCGCAGGAUUCGAGGUACUGGGACCGGGACGAUCGGAGGCGGGACGAGGACUACUCGGAGGACGAGAAGGAGAAGAUCUCGGGUGCAAGUGGAAAUAAUGCCGGUGUCAGUGAUAAGGUUGUGACCUCUGAUCCUGCUGUUGAGGAGAAAGGGUUGACCAUGGAUACCGGCGGUGCCGCCGAUAAGGAGGCUGCUGAGGUAGCUGAAGGUGGGAAAGGAGGGACCUUGUACAAUGAAGGGGGCAGGAAAGAGCUCGAGCAGUAUGAGGCGGCUGCGAUGGGAGCUGCGGGUACUGGGAUCAGGGAGGUUGAUCCGGAUGAUGAGUAUGACGAUGGCAUUGAUGCACAGGACGAUCUUGAUGAUGCUCAGUCGCAUUCAUCUGAUGGCGGGAGGAAGCUUGGCGACAGUAGUCAUGAGAGCACCGAGAGUAAGGAAAAUAUAGCUCAUGAUAGCACCGGCAAUAAGGAAAGCAUCGCCUUAGAGAGACGCACGGAAACAGGUGCGGGUAUUAGUGAUGGUGUCGAUGUUAUUGAUGCUGCUAAUGUGAACCAAAAGAAGGUUUCGGCGACUGGUGAUAAGAAACACGCGUCAAAAAAGAAAUCAAAGCGCAAGAAGACUGGUUCAACUUGUGAAAUGAGGUUUCUGAACUCCACUGCUCAACUCGUAGAGCCUGCUAAAAAUGAGAAAUUUGCUAGUUUUAAUUUGGAAUAUGUGGAAGUUGAAGACAAACCUCUUGGAUCAGAGUAUUGGGAGCCAAGAUUUGCUGGCCACCAGAGUUUACAAGAAAGAGAGGAAUCAUACUUAGCUCAUGACCAACAAUUAAAUUGUGCUUUUGUUAAGGGUCCCAAUGGUACAAGCACUGGUUUUGAUAUCUCAGAGGAAAACAGAAAGUACAUGAGCAAAUGCCACAUUGCAGUAUCUUCCUGCAUCUUUGGAAAUUCUGAUCGUCUGAAGACUCCUUUUGGGAAAACAAUUACAAGUCUAUCAAAGAAGACAGUAUGCUUUGCUAUGUUUUUGGAUGAAAUCACAUUACGAACUUUGGAAUCUGAAGGCCAAAAAAUGGAUAGUUCAGGUUUCAUCGGUAUAUGGAAGAUCAUAUUGAUUAAGAAUAUGCCUUAUAAUGACAUGCGGAGAGUCGGCAAAAUACCGAAAUUUCUGGCACAUCGUCUUUUCCCAUCAUCAAGGUUCUCAAUCUGGUUAGACAGCAAAUUGCGAUUACAAAAUGAUCCUAUCCUUAUCCUAGAGUAUUUUCUUUGGCGGCAUGGCUAUGAAUAUGCUAUUUCCAAUCAUUAUGAUCGACACUGUGUUUGGGAGGAAGUGGCACAGAACAAAAGGCUGAACAAGUUCAACCAUACAAUAAUUGAUCAGCAGUUUGAGUUUUACCAAGCAGAUGGACUGACAAAGUUCAACCCAUCGGAUCCCAACAAGCUGCUACCAAGCUAUGUCCCUGAAGGUUCUUUCAUCGUGAGGGAACACACACCAAUGUCCAACUUAUUUUCAUGCCUAUGGUUCAAUGAGGUUGAUCGAUUCACACCUCGUGACCAGCUCAGCUUUGCAUAUACAUAUUUGAAGCUUAGAAGAAUGAACCCGGAGAAGCCAUUUCGCCUUAAUAUGUUUAAGGAUUGUGAGAGGCGGUCAAUAGCAAAGUUAUUCCAUCAUCGAUCAGAAGAGAGACGCAGCAGUCCACAACUAACAAGAUGACAGAGAUUCUUUCGGAAUGGGUGGUGCAAGGAUAUUUUAGGAUUUUACCUUUGAUAUAGCACAGGAUGGCACAGGACUAUUCAGUGUCAAGAUUUAUGCCCCUGCUGAGGAAUUUAAGCCUAAAGGUCGCAAGCGAUUCUACUCCUUUACUCUAUGAUCCUGCAGACCAGUUCCUGCCGCCUUUCUAUUUUGCACUUGACAAAGGCGGAUUAGGGAACUAUGGCCGUUUGAUUUUCGUAAAUUCUUCUGCUCUCGGUAAAGUUUUGUUCAUUCUUUUGGGGUGAUCUGGGACAAGUGGGGCAUGAACUCCCAGAACUAGUUUAGCACUGUGUAUUAUCAUAUGGUUGUUAAAAGAACUACCAAGUGAAGACAUGAUUCCGAUGUAAUCCUCAAUGGUCUUGUUGAAAUGUAAUACUACAACAGGAAACAAAACCUUCUGUAAUUUCUCUGUGAUAGCAAACUAGCAAUUUUUUUUUGUCUGAAUUUGUGGAAUCUCCAGGCUUCCCUUGUGCUUUUGCUAGAUCAGAACUGAGAAUGAAUAAGUGAUCAUCUGUUUGUUUUUUGUUC